AUGGGAGCUUUUACGGCGCUGAAAAGUCUGAAGAAGUUCUGUAUACAAGUCGAGUUUCUUUGUGCUGGGUGGUUCCUUCGUCCUCCAAAUCCUGCUGACUUACAUAUGCUUCUCAAUAGAGGACAACGCCGUGGGUUUCCAAGCAUAAUCGGAAGCAUCGAUUGCAUGCAUUGGGAGUGGAAGAAUUGCCCAACUGGCUGGGCUGGAGCUUUCUCGGGUCGAAAGGGUGGAACUGCUCCUCUGGUUGAGUUUGAGGUCAAUAACAAAAGGUACACUAAUGGUUAUUACCUUGCUGAUGGAAUAUACCCGAGAUGGGCCAUACUGCGUCAUGGUGCUAGGUUGUUUAAACUGGAGGAUCUUCGAGCCAUCAUGAUAAGUUGUAUCAUUCUUCAUAACAUGAUUAUGGAGGAUGAGUUUGUUGACGAAGAAUUUGCGGAGCCUAUAGAAGCUGAUCUAAUGAAUCCAGCAAUGGCAACCGUCUAUGAUCGGCCUGUGCAUCCUGAUACUGGAGAGGAUAUUCCUUUCGAACUAGUGGGGAGAGAUGGACAAAAUCUUCCUUCAUUCGUGGAUCGUGAAUUUCAGGUAGAGUCAGCCUACCUCCACAAAUGCCUACAAGAUGAUUUGGUGAUGCACAACUGGAACAUGGAUGGUAACUAA